GCGCGACCCGCCUGCCGCGCAUGCGGCGAAGCCGGAGGCGGCUGCACGCCUGCAGCCGCGAGGAGGCCCGCCGCACGGCGCUGCCGGCAUGUGGGCAGCAGGAUACUGCCGCGCGCGGCCGGACGACGGCCCGGGGGAGGUGGUGGACACGGCGGGGCCGCAGACGCCACGGCCGAGUCCUCGCGGGCGGGCCCGCGGCCAGCUCACCGCCCUGCACGAGACGAGGCCGGCCCUGGAGGCCGACGCCGGCCUGGAAGGGCGCUACCGUCUGGCCGACGUCGACUCCCCGAGGGAAAUGCCGGCGCAGCCCGAUCAGACGGAGGAGUCGGCACGCUCGGCCGACUCGAUGCCGCCGACGCCGAAGGUCUCCCGGAUUGGCACCAUGGAGGAUCAGGUUAUCGGCAACGCCACCCCGAAGGGGGAGCUGCUCAGGCACGGCGUCGGUGACGUUCUGACCAAUUUGGUCGACGACUCUGCCGGGCUGCUAGGCGAAAUAGCCGAUGACACCACGGCCAGCGGGACCGAGGGCGUCCACGCCGAGGGGUCCUCGAAGCCGUCGUCCACGCCGUCCCACGGCAGGCUCGACGCCGAGGGCGCCGCCGCGCCUCCCGCAGCGGCCGAGCGGCCCGACUUCACAGGCGCCCAGCCCGCCGCGCGGCUCGCGAGCGGCGGCAGGCUCGCGCUCCCCACUGGAGGGGACCGGACGGGCCGCGGAUCGGGAUGA